UUUUAUUGCCGCCUUUCUGUCCAACCCGAAAGUUAGAAAAGGUCGGUUGGUUUACACCGGAGGACAAAUGGUCCAAUUACCGCAGAAAAGGGACCUCUGAAUCCAGAUUGGCGUCCUCCCUACCUAUCGGAUAGGCUCAGGGGCGGUGAGAACCAGCCCCGGAUGUGGGCGCGGCACUGAGGUAGGACUGAGAGAUCCUAUACCGCAGUGUUUUGGGGAGGCGGAACUGAAUUUUUUUCUUAAUUAUCAUGUGACGGGUUCUGGAUUUAAUGGGGGGAAAAGUGCGGAAAAGGACAAGGAUCCAAACUGGCGAAUUUCCUGAUCUUCGCGUCCCUCUCCGCUCUCCGGCCGGUGGCGCUGCCAGGGUGUAUUUCCUUUUUUUCGAUCCUGCAACAGCCUCUUUAAACUGUUUAAAUGAGAAUGUCCUUGGCUCAGAGAGUACUACUCACCUGGCUUUUCACAUUACUCUUCUUGAUCAUGUUGGUGUUGAAACUGGAUGAGAAGGCACCUUGGAACUGGUUCCUCAUAUUUAUUCCAGUCUGGAUAUUUGAUACUAUCCUUCUUGUCAUGCUGAUUGUGAAAAUGGCUGGGCGGUGUAAGUCUGGCUUUGACCCUCGACAUGGAUCACACAAUAUUAAAAAAAAAGCCUGGUACCUCAUUGCAAUGUUACUUAAAUUAGCCUUCUGCCUCGCACUCUGUGCUAAACUGGAACAGUUUACUACCAUGAAUCUAUCCUAUGUCUUCAUUCCUUUAUGGGCCUUGCUGACUGGGGCUUUAACAGAACUCGGAUAUAACGUCUUUUUUGUGAGAGACUGACUUUUAAGUACAUCAUCUCAUUUCUAUUGCUGUUCAACAAGUUACCAUUAAAGUGUUCUGAAUCUUUCAAGCUUCAAGAAUACCAGAGAACUGAGGGAAAAUAACAAAUGUAGUUUUAUACUACUUCCAAAAAACAGGACUGGUGAAUCACGGACUUCCAGUCAACCUACAGCUUAAUUAUUCAGUAUUUGAGUUAUUGAGAUCCUUAUUGUCUCUAUGUAAAUAAAGUUUGUUUUGGACCUCA